ACGAUCGCGGACGAAACUUGCGAAUUUAAAUUUCGAACGAUUCACAUCUAUCGACGACCAUUGUUUGAGCGAACAAUGCGACGUGCGUAAUCCAGCUUCCUGUUUUGGAUUGAAUUGUAUUCAUAUUAGAGCGAGACUAGUGUUUAUGGACCUUUGUUUACUGAGAAACUAAGUCUCGUCGAACAGUAAGAAAGUUGUUACAUUGCUGUUGUCCAGUGAAUAGCCAAUAAAAGCCGUCAAACUGUAUUCCUUCGAGAACUUCAAGGUUUACGAGUACGAUGACGAUUGCAACGGACACGAGGAUAGAUUUGAUACGAAUAAGAAAAGCGUGACAAUGCGAGAAAAAAGGGGAGGCGCUAUGAGCAAAAUGCAAAAGCUCAGAAAGCGCUUGUCCCUAAGCUUCGGUAGAUUGUCAACAAAGGACGAAUCGGAAGGCGAAGACAAAUGCAGAGAUCGACAGUUUGGCGGUAGCGGCGCGCGUGGCAAACUACCCUACAAUGGAUACUCGGAAGAAUGCCUCGACCGAUUAGAACCAAACGGAAAUAUACCUAAUGAUAAAGAUUCACAUUAUGAUUGGAGUGGCAGUGGCAACGGAGAGUAUCGAGUUAGAAGACAGCUGUCAGUGUCAUCAGACUCGAAGUUACUAGACGAGGGGGCGAGGGAGGAGGCAAGGGUGAUCAUGAGGCCGAAGCGACCUCCCAGGCCCAAGUCCGAAGCGUUCCUAGGACCGCAUGAACAUUCAAAUAGACGUACCAAGCGAUUUAGUGCUUUUGGGGGUGACUCUCCGUUUGGGAAAUCCGAGGCGUAUAUAAAGCUGGAGCAACUCGGUGAAGGUUCAUAUGCAACAGUGUACAAGGGGUAUAGCAAUUUAACACAACAAGUUGUGGCGUUAAAAGAAAUCAGGCUGCAAGAAGAAGAAGGCGCACCGUUCACGGCAAUACGGGAAGCGUCGCUACUCAAGGAACUGAAACAUGCUAAUAUCGUUACGUUACACGACAUCGUACAUACCAGAGAGACCCUCACGUUUGUCUUCGAAUUUGUGGAUACGGAUCUCUCGCAAUAUAUGGAGAGACAUCCCGGCGGUCUCAAUCGUCAUAAUGUUAGGCUCUAUAUGUUCCAAUUACUUCGAGGCUUAUCGUAUUGCCAUAGGAGAAGGGUCUUACACAGGGACGUGAAACCUCAAAACUUAUUAAUAAGUUCGCACGGUGAGCUUAAGCUAGCCGAUUUUGGUCUUGCACGGGCUAAGUCAGUGCCCAGUCACACUUACUCACACGAAGUUGUCACCUUAUGGUACAGACCACCAGAUGUACUGCUGGGCAGCACGGAGUACUCAACUUCUCUGGACAUGUGGGGUGUGGGAUGUAUUUUCGUGGAGAUGCUUUGUGGUGUUCCCACGUUUCCUGGCGUACGGGACACCAACGAUCAACUUGAUAAGAUUUUCAAGGUUCUCGGAACUCCAACAGAGGAAAGUUGGUCAGGCGUGACACGCCUACCGGGCCUACGCACGCACAUUGCCCGUUGGGGCUGGUGCGCAGCUCGACCUCUCGCAUCGGCUUUUCCGCGCAUGCGCGACGCUGGAAGGGAUGCGCAGAGAUUAGCCGCGGCGUUAUUACAGCCGGAUCCGACGCGAAGGUUGUCAGCUCCAAGGGCGAUGAGACAUGAUUACUUCGCUGAACUGUCUUCACGUCUUUCCGACUUGCCGGAUGAGGUGUCAAUAUUCACAGUGGAAGGCGUAAGUCUCCACCCAGAAGAAUAAAAGCCCACCGAAGCGAACUUUUAGUUGAAUCUUUGUUCCUUCUGUCGACAUCGCGUUUCGGCAGUCGACAUUACGUUUAUCUAGUGUCGAUAACGUUCAUUAGUUAGUACGUUCCAAUUCCUAUAGUUUUAAUGCAACAUUUCCGGUUGACAUUUUGUCGAAGGACCAAAAAGUGAUAUUCUCCCAAUUAAGACGGACAUCGAUUGUCAUCCUUUGAUUCUGCUAUUUGCAACCAGUCUGCCAGAAUUAAAAUUCGAUUAAGAUUAUAACUACUGUACUACAGAAACAAUGUAAUAGCAGUUUCAGGGAUGUGGUUCUGUUGAUAACACCUAUCUAUCGAUUUGUACCACGAUAUGUCUUUGCUCAUUCAAUCUUAAUUUAACCCAAUUCAUUACAAAUAAUGUCUUGUGUGAACGUUCACCAUCAAUAUAAUUUCUUAGCGAAAGCCUUAUAAUUAAUUGAAUUUAUAUCGGAAAUACCGCGGUACAUGUCGAUUUAUAAGAUGUCAUGGUGUCAACGCUUUUUAAGCUUCAAUAUCCAUCCAUAUGAUUCAAUUACUCUAUGGUGACAAGGUAAUCGUUAGGUGUCGAUUGUAUUAUAUUGAAUAGCUGGCUUGUUAACAGACUUAAUUGCAAACACAUAAAAUUAAUAUACUUUUCGUAAACUUGUACCUAUGAGAUGUCUUUCUUUAAUUUUGAAUUAAAUAGCAAAUAGUUGUUCUAUUUCACUCGUAUUUUCAGGACUUUAUUCGAAAGUUUAGAACAGAUUACGCUUUGUUUUUGUUAAAUAUAACCGUACAAUGAUGAAGUGAUUCUUUGAUAUAUUGAUGAUAUAUGCGAAGUCUGCUAGCAAGCCCGCAGAGCAGUGUGCCAUGUAUUGUAUAAUUGAGAUCGAUUUAUUUUAAAAGAAUUUUUACGCUGGAUAUAUGCUCAUAAUUUUGGGAGAAAUUUUGAAGAUGUUUAUUUAUAUUAUAAGCGAUAAGUAACGCAGUCUUAUGAGAGCUAGAUGCACCCUUUUUCAUUGGACAUGCACAUUCCUUCCAAACUAUCGUCACACUUUGCUUAUCGGAUUUAAAAUAAUUACACAAUUUAUGUCUUGGGGAUGGGGGAAAACCAUAGAGCUAAUAAAAAAAAUGUUUUCCAUUAAAACUUUUGAAGUUCGUUAAUGGAAAUUUUGCACUUACAAAAAUGUGGGUAGUCUUGGCUAACGUUUAAUUUAAAACCGGUAGGCAUAGUGCGAUCGUGCACAUUAUUAACCGUCUUUUGAAUGGCCUUCUUCAUUUAUUAUCGAGCGAUGGACUGCCAGUGAUACCAUGUGAAUUGAAUGACAUGUAGUGUUGGUCACAUCAAAUAAACAUAAUCCGUAAUUUUCGUAAGGGUAAGAUUAUGAGUCGAGACUAGCGCUGUUACAUGAGACUUUUGGCUCUGAAAGUUAUGCCUUGACUAUGAGGUGUAUUUAUUUAUAUUGAACUACAAAAUUUGUGGGAAUAGAAUUCAAGUAUACAUAAAAAAAUUAUUAAAGCCGUGUUGGGCUAGUGGUUUCAGCGUGCGACUCUCUUCCUGAGGUCGUAGGUUCGAUCACCGGCUGUGCACCAAUGCACUUUCUUUGUAUGUGCGUAUUUAACAUUCGCUUGAACGUUGAAGGAAAAUAUCGUGUGGAAACCUUAGACCCAAAAAGACGAAGGUGUGUGUCCGCAGAGGAGGCUGAUCAUCUACUUGCUUAUUAGAUUGAAAUGAUCAUGAAACAGGUUCCGAAAUUCGGAGGCCGAGACUGAGGUCUUUUUUUAGAUAUUAAAAUUAUUUGGUGUGACCGAAAUAGACAGAUCUCAAGGUGUGGGACCGUCCUGUAUUGAUAGGAAAUUAACUGGAUAGGUUCGUACUAGUGCCGUCGCAUUACUAGCAAAAUUUACUCUAAGAAUAGGUCCCUCACGACUAUAGGACUUAGCUACCGGCGCAGUUACAACUUAAAUCUGUAGUCAAAUAUUUAGAUAAAUAUAUACCACCACCUAUCUAUCAUAUAUUCUUUAAUUGGUCAUGAAAAUUUUGUUCACUAUUUCAUAUUUAUAAUUUAAUUUGUUUUUAUCAAAGCGCUGGUAUUUUCAUUUGAAUACGCGCUUGGAAGCAAUAAGUUUAAGGAGCUUACAAAGUUGAUAAUGACGUAAUUGAAAAUCGUGAAUGAAAUUUCUUUUUCAGCUUAGGUCCCUUUUAGUGAUUGUGAAUAUUAAAUCUUAUUAAAUAUUUACUUAGAUUUGGAGCUUAGGAUGUUGUAGGACUUUAAUACAAGACAACUUUGGUGAUAAACGAUUUACUUCAAAUAGAAAUUGUGUUUAAUUAUACUUUGCGGGUUCGCGUUUAUCGCUUGCGGUGCUACCCGCAAUGUGCUGUUAAUGAAAAAUAUAUAGUUGAGUUGUGAUUGCGCGGGUGUAGGAACGUAGUGUAGCGUAGUAACGAGCUUUAGAUACGUUUACAUUGGGGUUAGGGAGCGGUACUCAACUGCAAAGCAGUUUUAACGCAUUUAUUCCAGAUUUUCAAUUUAUUUCUUUAUUAAAAUUGUCUGGAUAUAUGAAAAACUUGCGUUGCACAUAAUCACUAUGUCGUAUGACUUUUACUAUAGAAUUGUGUAUUAAAAUCAGGAAGCAUAAAUUUUAAAUUCGUGUGCUUUAUCUUACACACCUCCUGGCCGUCGGCUAGCAGUAUUCAAAACGUCGAGAUAUUUAUGUAGUAAUCCAUUUUUAAUUUUGUUUCGCUGGGGAAGACAAAUAGAAGUUGUUCAUAUUUCCAAUACUUUGGCCAAUUUAUGCCCAUUUUAGCUUCAGUCAUUAGCAAUUAGAUUAAUGAAGCUAGGUUAGGUACUAAUUACGAAGUGCCUAUACACUCACAAAACCGCUCCCGGAGGGGGAAAAAUUGGUUCCAAACACCAACUAGUAUGUAAUGUAAAAACGCAAUACUGUAUAUGUUUGUGUAUUUUUUUUGUAUCAUUUAGUAGUCACCCGUUGAGUGAGGCACAAACGCACAUGCGUUGUAUACUGUAUAAUAUAAAUUUGAAUGGGACUGGUGGAAUAAAUACUCGAUUUAACAACAUUGCUUCGUAAAUAUGUCAUUGUUACAAUAAAUAUUAUACAAUUAUCAAAUCCAUAUUUCGUGUGUUUUCAGUCCUUGACGACUGUUCUAAUACAUAUUUUUGGUCUGUGUUAUUGUAUUUUACAUUGAAUACUGUAGUAUGCGUUGACAUGGACAUCCUCUUAAAGGCAUAUGACCUGAUCUAUGGAAUAUAAUAAAACCUAUGAAAUGGCAGUGACAGAUAACAGAUAUGCAAAUUUGCGGUUGUCUGUAUUGCUAAUAAAGAUAAGGGAAUAAAAGGGAUCUCAAUAAUAUUGUACAACUACCACGAAUUGUUUGAUAGUAUUGUCGAUAUUAAGGCCGGUAAAAAGUUAAAGCCUUGUUGAUUGCAUGGAACGUUGCUCACGUUAACUAUACAAAGAUCUAUUGUUACUAGUUACUUGACACUUGGCGUGACUAUUAGCGGUUCAUUUAUAAAAAUUGUCUUUGGGCUUUAAAAUUUACAUAUGUUAAGUCGAGUAUAAUAUUCCCAACAUAAUGCAUUUGUAUAAUGAACUGACCCUAACUAAUGUAUAUAGUUUUAAGUUUAUUCAUAUUAUUUAGAAACGACCCUAUAAUGUUGCCAUUUCUUUAGUCGGAUUUUCGCUUUAUCUUAUGUCUAUGAUUGGAUUUAUGUAAGGGUAUCACUGCUGAUGAAAGAUUCUAAGAAAAAUGACGGCGAUAAUUGGACCCUAACAUUAAUAGCCGUAUUAUGAGACUUAUUUUAUAAUUUCUAUUAUAAUAAGAUUAUUUUUAUGUUACGUAUAAAAUUCACAAUUUUUUUACUACCCAUAUACCAUGCUUUUAAUAGUUUGAAUGGUGUAAAUAUA